AUGAGUUCUGUCUCUGGAUCUGGUGGUGAUAAAGAUGUCACAACAAAUUUUCUGAACACUCAGCGUCCAGCAACCUUGCACGGAAAUAUCCUCCCAAAGGUUCAAAUCACGAAUCACGUUCUUAGGCUUAGGCCUGCUCCCUUUACCGAACCCCAAGUUGAACAAGCCCUUAUCCCGUCUCUAACGCCCGGAAGUGUACUUCUGCGUAUCCUCGCAACUCCUCUCCACUCUUACAGCAAGCUCGCCUUUGAAUUUUACAACCCCAAGGGAUCUUCUCAUGAAACCCCUUUUAUUCCCGGAUCAAGUGCAAUUGCCCGUGUGAGCCAAGUCGGUAAUGAUGCAACCACUUUGAAGGUUGGCCAACUAGUCUUCUUUGACUCAGUGAUGAAAGGAAGAGAUAGCCCAGAGACGGUUCGAUUUUGCAAUCCUGUGUAUCAUGGGUUUGAUAAUCGAAGCAAGAAAUUCAUAGCCUCUAGCGGUUUCGCAGAUGGUUCAUAUGCCGAGUUCAUGAGGGCACCGCUUGAGAAUUGCUAUCUUUUGGAUGAAGCUAAGUUGAUGGGAGAUCCGAGGGAGUGGGGUUUUGCAUAUACCCCAGAGCAACUUUGUGUGAUUGCUACAUUCCUCAGGCCUUUUGGUGGACUGACCAGCAUUGAUGUGAAGCCUGGUGAAACGGUGUUGAUCUUUCCGGCCACUUCUCCAAAUGGCGUUGCUGCUUGCAUGGUUGCUUUGGCUAUGGGUAAUUUCCUAGCGCGCACUCCUAACGGUUCUAACGGAAGGAUCUCUACGAUAACCUGGACAGGCGACCGUAAACAAGACAUCCUUAACAUCAAAACAUUUGGUGCGAUGGAUGCGUUCCUCGACAUCUCUCCUCCAGGAACACGAGAGCCUUUCCAUCUUGAACCUGGCAUUAUGUCGCUCAGGCCUGGAGGCCGGGUGAGUUUGAUGGGUGCAUAUGAGCAGCUUGUGAUCCCAAAUCAAUUUGUCACACGUUGCAAUAUCGCAUUGAAGGGAAACUGGAUGUAUGAGCGAAAGGACGCUCUUGCACUGAUCAAGAUGGUAGAGAAGGGGAAUCUUGGUCUGAAAGAAGAGCAUGGAUGCUAUGUCCGCCAAUUUCGUCUGGAUCAAUGGAGGGAGGCAUUGGCGGCGGUCAGUCAGCUCACUGGUAUUGGAGAAAGUGUUGUGUUUUCUUUCUAG